AUGGACUCUCCCAACACAGUCACAACUGAAAUCAACUGCAGGAGAAUUCCAGACCCAAACCAAAUCAGUCUCUCCAACGGUGACCUGCACUCAUCAUACCUUCAUCAUGAGAAGAACAUCACUUGUACUGCAGUCUACCCAGUAGGGGCAAUCAACAAGACAGCUGAACAUAACAUGAUGCUUAACAUUUCAUUCUCACCCAAUGACACCUCGGCCUCCAUCAGUCCAGCUGAUCCAGUAUUAGUGGGCAGCUGUGUUAUUCUGACCUGCAGAAGUACAGCCAACCCUCCUGUGACAAACUUCACCUGGUUCCAGAUCAGUGAGGGUAAACCAACACAGGUUGCAUCUGGACAGAGUUACUCCCUCAAUGUGACUGUUGGUGAUGGAGGACUGUACUACUGUGAAGCAAGAAAUAGUCACGGCUGUGGGAAGUCAAGGGAAGUGCAGCUGGCUAUUAAAGGGCAAGAAGAGCCUGUUAACCCAAKGGUUUUUGAGAUUGUAGGAAAAACCUUGGMGUUGCUUUUCCUUUUCAGCCUGGUCGUAUUCUUUGCAUGGAGGAGGAGAACAUCUAGACUCCCCAGUGGAGCCUUCAGCUCUCCCUCCACCUGUUGGGGGAGGUCGGCUCCCAUCUGCUGGGUAAAGUACACCCUCAGUUCCUGGGUCUCCUUCUCCCAGAAGACCUUGGGCAGGUUGAAAAGUGUUUUUGUCUAG